AUGGGCUCCAUCACCCCAACAACAACAUCAUCAUCCGAAGAAGACCUCACCUUCCCCAACCUCCCACCUUUUCCCACGGACGUCCCCACCGUCCCCCUCCUACGCAUCUCUCUCAAGAACCUCCUGGCCGGUGACCCUGCAGAAGAAGAGAAACUCUGGCGGGCGUGCUGCGAUCUGGGAUUCUUCUACUUCGAUCUCCGCGGGGGCAAAGGUGGCGAUGAGGAUGAUGAGAGCGUCGAUGGGGAUGCAUUGCUAAGCGUGGCGGAUCGGAUGUUUGGGCUUGGGGAGGAGGUUUUUGCGUUGGAUGGGGAGGUCAAGGAGGGGUUUAGUAUGAUGGGUCAAAACUCGUACUUCGGGUAUAAAGGCUACGGGGCCUUCGUGGAUCGCGGAGGAAACAAAGAUCGGAAUGAGUUUUGGAAUAUCAGUAAGGAUGAUAUUUUGGGGAUUCGCAAGGAGCCGCUGCCGAAUCCGGAGGUUUUGAUGAGAGGGGAGAGUAGGGGGUUGGUGAAGAGGUAUAUGCUGGGGAGUCAUGCGCUCGUGAGCUUGAUUUUGGGGGUGUUGAAUCGGAGGUUGGGAUUACCUGAAGGGACCCUCCCCUCCCUUCACGACCUCCACACCAUCUCCGGCGACCAAGUCCGCUGGGUACGCUCCCCGCCCCAACCGCCCUCAGACCGCCGCAGCGCCCUUGGGGAACACACCGACUACGGCAGCGUCACAAUACUUUUCAACCGCCUCGGCGGCCUGCAGGUGCUGCCCCCUUCCGAUCCACCAACCUGGGCCUACGUGAAACCCCUCCGCGGCCACUGCAUCGUCAACCUCGGCGACGCCAUGGUCAAGUUCACCGCGGGCGUUUUGAGGAGUAAUAUCCAUCGUGUAGCCAAUCCGCCCGGCGCACAGGCCGGGGAGACGAGGUUGAGUUUGGUGUAUUUCAAUCGGCCUGGGGAUGAGGUGAUUUUGAAGGUGCUAGAGGGGAGUGAGGUGAUUGAGGAGAGGAGGAGGGAGAGCGGGAUUGAUGGGGAGGAAGGGGAGGGGGUUACGGCGAAGGCGUGGAUUUUGAACCGGGCGUUUGGACGCGCGAAGGGGACGGAAGGGGAUCGAUUGGAGAAGAGGGAUAGUGGUGUUGCGGCAUCGUAG